AUGAUAUGGAGGGGAUUGGAACACCUGAGUCACAUGAUAUGGAGGGGAUUGGAACACCUGAAUCACAUGAUUGGGAGGGGAUUGGAACACCUGAAUCACAUGAUUGGGAGGGGAUUGGAACACCUGAAUCACAUGAUAUGGAGGGGAUUGGAACACCUGAAUCACAUGAGAUGGAGGGGAUUGGAACACCUGAAUCACAUGAUAUAGAGGGGAGUGGAACACCUGAAUCACAUGAUAUGGAGGGGAUUGGAACACCUGAAUCACAUGAUACGGAGGGGAUUGGAACACCUGAAUCACAUGAUUGGGAGGGGAUUGGAACACCUGAAUCACAUGAUUGGGAGGGGAUUGGAACACCUGAAUCACAUGAUUGGAGGGGAUUGGAGCACCUGAAUCACAUGAUUGGGAGGGGAUUGGAACACCUGAAUCACAUGAUAUGGAGGGGAUUGGAACACCUGAAUCACAUGAUUGGGAGGGGAUUGGAAUGCCUGAAUCACAUGAUAUGGAGGGGAUUGGAACACCUGAAUCACAUGAUAUGGAGG